CAGUUCGCUUAUCAGUAGAGCAACGGCCGCGAUAAUGGCUGGAGGUGGCGCCUUGUACGAAUUCACCCUGCCGGAACGGUUUCACAAGGUUGCCGAAAUCGAACUGGGAGAAACGGAUCAGGUUCGGGAACAAUCUUUGACCGAGCUCCGGAAGUGGAUCGAAAACAACCCACGUAUUCUGGAAUGUAGAACGGAUGUGAAUUUUUUGCUUAAGUUUUUGAGAUUUCGUAAGUUUUCCGUCACUGAAGCUGGAGAAGCUAUUGAACGGUAUCUGGUGGCUCGCCAGAAGCAUCCGAAAUGGUUCCAAGGGAUGGAUCCUCGUGAAGAAGGAUUUCGGCUGUUGCAAGAAAGUGGUGUUGUUGUAGAGAUGGGCCAAGAUGAGCACUGUCGGACAAUUUUGAUAAUGCGAUCCAAACAGUAUUCCCCUGAUCGGGACACUUCAACGUCAAUCAUCAAACAUCUGGUGGGAUUUGUUGACUUGUUGACAGAACAGGAGGAAGUUCAAAUCGGUGGGGUUCGAGUGUGGAUCGACUAUAAAAAUAUGCCACUGCGUUUGAUAACCUUAUUUGGUCCGAUAGAAUUGGCAGGAUGUAUUCCAGUUUUCACCAAAACUCUGCCCCUUCGCAUCCGAGAAGUCCACGGAGUGGGUAUUCCGAAGGCUGCAGUCGCCAUUUCAACCCUGGCCCUUACUUUUGCCAGUGAAAAAUUCCGGAAAAGAGUCCAAUGUCACGCUUCGAUUGAAGAGGGAAAAAAGUGUAUGCCCCCAAAUUUAUGGCCAACGGAAUUCGGUGGAUCGAUUGAUGCGCAACAGCUUGGCGAAAGGAUGAGCGAAACCUUCGAACAGAAUCGAGACUUUCUGCUGUCGUUCGAUGCGAUGGCCAUCGAUGUGAAGCAAAAAUUCGACAGCCCAAUUUCGGAAGAACAGAACCAAACGACGCAACAGCUGUCUCCGGAUGCUGAUAACGAUGGGGUGGAAAAUUUUCGUGAUUUGAAAGUAGAUUAGCCGCUGAUAGGAGAGAUAAAAAAAAAUACCACCUACAGCGCGGGUGAAUGUACUUUCGUUUGGUUGAUUUAAAUUUGUUCCCAAUUUUCCAAUCAACCGAUUAUCGUAAUGGGAAAAUUAGAUGAACUUCAAGCACGUUCAAGUACAGUGUUAAUGGCCCUUUCCCUCACCAGUGAGGCAAUUUACAUGUUAGAACGUACGGGCGUUCAAAGGUUAAGUUCGGUGAACUCAACAACGAGUUACAGUUGAUUCUGAAAUGGUGAUUGUGCAUGGAAUAUUUAAAGUAUUUUAUAUUUGAAAAUUUACUUUCAUGAUUAAACGAUAUGGAAAUAAGAUCACUAAACUACCAUUAUCAAGGGAUUUGUUAUUGGUGCCUAUUGAUUUCCUUGGUAAAGUUAUCAAUAAAUUGCGAAACACUUUUAACCUCUCAAUAUGUCGAUGUAAAAGUAAUCGUGUGACUAGCUAUCCCCACACAUCGAUAUGUUCAACAAAAAGGUGACAUUCCACAUAACUACCCCAGCAGCAUGUCAAUUGUGCCGGUUAGCUGCAAGAUGGUCACACACUAAAGGAUAACCGUAUGAUAUUCGGUUAAGGAAUUUCAAGGCACCUACGUCAAGUGACAACCUUUUCUUGUCAGCAUUCGCACGUAACUCCAAAUAAACCUAAUUCUCGGUCUACUUUUACCCUGAAGCUUUGUGUGUUCUCUUGAUCGUCUCGGUU